AAUUCUGCAAGUAGUUCUAAUUUACUAUCACUGUUCUCUAGCUGGGCUAAAAACGCUUUUGACCUAAAGGGACGCUUUUUGGAAGCGAUGGACGUUUCUCAGUUUCCAGGUAGAAAGAACAGUAAAAAUGCAGGCAGGGCACAGGACAAAGCACUCGGAACAAAAUGUAUGUGAAAUGCUUUGAAACAUGUAUUACAUGAAUGUCACUUUUUAACAUUUUUAAAUUUCCCGCUGGUUCCGUCCCCCGUAUGUCCCAAUGCUUGCAGGGACCGGAACCCGGAAGACGGAUGCCGGCAUCAGCCGGAGGAGAUGGCCAGGGAUGCUGUAGGGGGGACAU